AUGGGGAGCAAUUUUGUAUCCGUUUUUAAACUAGAUGGCGUACCCAUCCUACCGCCCGUGAUGAACGACGAGGUUCGCGCAUUGGCAGCUAUGUAUCGGCAAAAGGCAAUCGAAAUUGAGAAACGACUGGAAGAACGAAGGAGAGCUUCGCUCGAUACGAAAACUGGUCCCAAGGAGAUCCAAAAAGUUAGUUCUCCAGAAACGGAACAAGCUACAGUGGACGUAAAUAAUGCUACUGAAAUGUUACUACUAAAGCGUACCGCUGACCCGGCAAUAUCAGAGGACCCAUUAGCGUCUAGUUCUGUCGAGGAUCGAAUCGAUUGGCAAUCCAUGACUAGAACGGUUACUCCCACUUCAGAAGAGUCAUUGCCAUGGCUACCACUGGUGCGCUGUAAUACAUAUAAUCUGGAAAAGCCUAGCUUAGAUUUAACAACUCUGCAAGAAACGAACCAUUCCACGCCCAUUGAUCAUGCCAAAGCGCCUGCUGGAAAACAAAACAUGGCAGUUCGCAGUUUAGCUACAAAUAGUCCUGGUUACAAAGCCGUUGACGGUAAAUCUUCUGAAGGGUUGCAAAACGCCAUCGACCCAGUCUACAAAGAAACUACAUCUCGUCAUGAAACGGUGAAAGAAGAGAAAUCCAAAAUGAAGAUGAGGAAUGUACCCUUGAAUCGUAAAACCAGCUCCCCUAAGAUCAGCCGUUCAUCUACUGGGUCCGACAUCGAAUCGUAUCAAGCCCUCAAAAGAUUCGCGGAUUCUUUGACCAGUAAAGAAUUGAAAAAACUGAUGAAGCGUCAGGAAGCAGAACGACUGUUAUUAGACAAAAGGUUUCGGGAAAAAGCACAGGAGCUGACGGCCCUUUGUAAACCUUUUAUUACAACGAACGGAAAAAGCCCUAGCUCGAAUGGGUUGCUAUCCAGUCGAACCAAAACGCCGGAAUUGAAUCCAGCAUCUAGUGUUAGUCAACUGUCGCUAUGUGAUAUAUCGUACGAUUCGUGUACCGAUACAGACGAAGCUGCUUAUCAUACGUGUCACGCCAACGGAACGUCGGAAGAAAAUGUGAACAACACACUUGAGGAAAUGACUACGCCACGUGAUGCAUCGAAUUCUGCUGAAACGAUUGAUGUUUAUCCUACCUUGAUUAGAAGCAAGGAGCAAGAUGCUAACGGAAAUGAUGAUAUUACUUUGCUGCCGCAUCGCAUGGUGGAGCUGCAACAAUACAGGGCAGCAACGAUCAUUAAUGCGCAUGUGCGAGGAUAUCUCACCCGACGUCUUUUCAAAACGGAAGAAGUGCAGAGCAUUAAAAGUACGAUCGUCGAUAUCGUGUGCUAUAUCAUGAGUUCUGGUGAAAAGAAGAAGGUUGAUGAGAGCAAAGCUUCUAUCCAUCGUAGUGCUGGAAAGGAUAUCGCCUUCUGCUUAGACUUACUGCACGAUAUUUUUGUCACCUUUACGACUGAGCAACGUAUGCAAAUGAUCCACCGUGAUCGCUGUAUAAAGCAAAAAUUAUUGCUAUCAAGCUCCAAAAGUUGA